CAGCAGUGCGCCUGCGCCGUGGGCACCACUCGGCUCCUUUCGUUCCCACUCGGCUCCUCUCAACCCCUUUCGGAUGCACUCGGCUCCUUUCGGUUCCCCUCGGCUCCUUCCGUUCCCCUUCGGCCUCACUCGGCUCCUUUCGUUCCCCCUCGGCUCCCUUCGCCGCUGCUCACCUCGUCCCCAUUCGGCCCUUCUCGGCUCCCUUCGGCCGUCCCUCGGCUCCCUUCGGCCGUCCCUCGGCUCCCUUCGGCCGUCCCUCGGCUCCCUUCGUUCUCACUCGGCUCCCUUCGGCUCCCCCCGUUCCCCUCCCGCCGAACUCGGCUCCUCUCGUCCCCGCUCGGCUCUCCCCGCCCCGCUGAUGGCGGCGGGCCGCCGUUCGCCGCCGGGGCCGUGCUGCCCGCCGCGGGUGGCGGUGCCCAGCGUGCACCAAAGCCUGCCCGAGAUGGACUUCGAGCGGGGGAUCUGGGCAGCGGCGCGGGACGGGGACGAGGCGCGGGUGCAGCAGCUGCUGGAGCGGCGCGGGGAGCCCAGCCAGCCCGACCUGGCGGGGUACACGGCCCUGCACUACGCCAGCCGCAACGGGCACCUGGGGGUGUGCCGCCUGCUGCUGCAGCACGGCGCCCACUGCAACGCCCGCACGCCCGGCGGGGCCACCGCCCUGCACCGCGCCAGCUACUGCGGGCACGCGGCCGUGGCGCGGCUCCUGCUGGCUCACGGCGCUGACCCCGCCGCCGCCGACGGGGACGGCCGCACCAGCCUGCACAAGGUGCGCGGUGGCAGCGAGGGGACGGUGCCCUUAGGGGGUGGUGGCCCUUACCGUGCCGUCGGUGACGCUCCCGUGGCUCGCACGCAGGCGGCGGAGCGCGGUCACCGGGAGCUCUGCGUCCUGCUGCUGCAGCACGGCCCCGCUUUGCUGGCGGCUCGCGACGCUAAAGGACGGCGGCCCCGCGACACGGCCGACCCCGCGGUGUGGGACCUGCUGGAGGGCUGAAGGGACGCAGCGAGGAUCGCCGCGGAUGGAGGCGGAGGGAGGAAGCCCUGCUGGAAAAAAAAAAAACAAAGCCCUGGGCCUGAA